GCAUUACAAAUCCAUGAUCACCCUUUGGAUGACUUCUCUGAUUGCAAAUAGGCUAGGUUUUUUGCCAGAAGAUUCAGUGGAAGUCCGCCAUUGGUGUUCACCGCGAGAGCUGUUGCAGCCAAGAUACAACCCGGUCCGAUCGCUGAUCACCGAUACAGUCGGGAUGCAAUUCACGGACCGAUCCGGCCCGAAAUGGGCAUUCUUCCAUGAGACUGAAGACCAUGCAGCAAGGGCUCAAUUCCAGUGGUGUGAUAGUGAGCAGGCCGGCCUCAUCCACAACAUUGGCAAGACCGAAAUAUUGUACGGAUUACGUCACGAGCGCACUUCCCACUGGGUGAUUGGCUCGCCUCUCUUGCCCGGACAGACCCAGGUCGUCCAUUUUCCUGAUCGUUGCUUCAAAGGGAAGAACUGGCUAUACAUACGAACCGCCGUUUAUAAGAAAUAACCAAUGAAACUUGUGCUCUGACCACCAGAAAAAACCCGACUCGAUUUUUUUUUUUUUUCCAAAAAAGUUCAGAUCAGCCGGUAAUCCUAG